AUGUCCUACUACUACAUGGCCAAAUGCUUUGUCAUCAGUCAGCUGCGUGGUGCUGCUGUCUCAGUGCACCUUGUGGAGGUGAGUUCUAAACUGAGCCAGGCUCUGACGAGGGACCAGAGCCAGGGGUGGGCCAGGAAGGAUGAGCCUGUGUACCGCCAGGGGACCACCACCACAGGCCUCCCCAUCUCCUGGUGCCGCAACCUGGAUGACGUCCCCAGAGGUAGUAAUCUAUACCUUGCUCAUGAGUUCUUUGAUGCCUUACCCAUCCACAAAUUCCAUAGAACAAAGGGCUGGAGGGAGGUGAUGGUGGAUAUUGACUUAGACGAGCCAGGCGAGCUGAGAUUUGUCAUAGUGCCAGCUCCCACUCUUGCCUCUCCUCAGCUCAUACAGGCAGGUGAAGUGAGACGGCUCGUGGAGGUCUGCCCGGAGGGAGGGGUCAUCGUCCAGCAACUGGCCAAUCGGAUCGCAGAGGACGGGGGCGCAGCACUGAUUGCAGACUACGGGCACGGCGGGACCAAGAUGGACACGUUCAGAGGUUUCAAAGAUCAUAAGCUCCAUGAUGUCCUAGCGUCCCCUGGCUCUGCUGACCUUACUGCUGACGUGGACUUCAGUUGCCUGAUUAAGAUGGCUAGAGCUACGGUGGUCUGCGUGGGGCCUGUCUGUCAAAGAGACUUCCUGAAAAAUAUGGGCAUCGAUACAAGCUUACAGGUUCUGCUGAGGAAAUGUGCAGACCCGUCUAUAAAGGCCGAGCUGAUCCAGGGCUAUGACAUGCUGACCAACCCCCAGAAGAUGGGCGAGAGGUUCCAGUUCUUCACCAUGCUCAACCACAGUCGGCUCACCAGGCCUGAGCAGUCCGAGGGGGGUGAGAAGAAGAACGCCCCUGCCUGUGGCUAGCUUCAGUGAGCUUGGCCUCUCGUGAAAAGCGUAGCCAGAGACCCACCAUGGGUUCCAACAGAGACUGCACUGCAGAGGCUGUGAAUGUGAACUCGCCUGUGAAGGCACUUAAAAUUCGCACCCAUGAAUUUAGUACUAUACCAUGAUUAUAUACAAAAGACCUUCGGAAGCAAUAGGGUUUGGUCUGAAUUUAGUUUGAAAAGUUGAGCUUAUGUGCUAAUCAAAUCUAGGAAUGAUGCACCCUGAGGGACGAUGGCAACUGAUGUCUUUCUUUAUCAUAUAUAUAUGUUAAUUAAAGCAACAUGUAAUUCAGAGGGGUACGGAAUGUAAAUGUUCUCAGUCAGAAGAACGUCACCCCAGGUCACUGCGUUUCAAGCUUUAGGAAUACGGCUCCGCUCUGCUCCUGUCUUUUGGAAGGAAACUAUUAAUGGGCCACGUGGUGCCUGGCUGCCUUAACAUCUUGAACCAAUUGGGUGAGCGUGGCGUUCUUAGAUAGCAGCCAUGUCCCAACUGGCACCCUAUUCCCUAUGCAGUGCACUACUUUUGACCAGAGCCCUGGUCAAAGGUGGUGCACUACAUAGGGCAUAGGGUGCCAUUUGGGAUGCAAUUCAGCCACUCGCAGCAUGCUGUGUUUUGCUCUGACAGGCUCGCCCUUGCUGCCCCAGUAGCAAUUAAAAGAGACCAUUACACAGGACUAUCACCGUAGCCAAAAUAACCAGCCAGUCCUACUGAAGGGAGGCUAAUGUGAAGCUAAGAUAUUAAAGUCUUGAUGAUUAAAAGUCAUCACACAACAUUUUUCUUGUGUAUAUUAUAUAGCUGUACCAUCUUU